UGAACAUUUUCGACAAGUGGAUGGUGUUGCUAUGGGGAGUCCAUUAGGACCUUUGUUAGCAGACGUUUAGAUGUCUUAUGUUGAGAACUUGUCCCUUGCUUUAAUUUCGAAAGUGCCCUUCUUCUAUGGGAGAUAUGUAGAUGAUAUCAUUUUGAUAUGCGAAGAUCAUCAAGAUGCGAGUCGUCUAUUAUACAGACUUAACUGUUCAGAAUCAUAUAAGCCUUAUACAUGCGAGGAAGAAAUUCGAAACCAGCUUGCAUUUUUAGACAUACUUCUCAGUCGGAGAGAUGAUGGUUCGAUAACACGGUCAAUCUACAGAAAGCCCACUUGGACAGGGCGAUACCUUAGUUUUCACAGUUUCUGUCCAUUACAGUAUAAGACAGUCUUGGUGAAAUGUCUAUUUAAGAGGAUUCAACGUAUUUGCACAGCUGAUGUUAUAGAGAAAGAAAAUGAAAUAUUGAUGGAUACUCUUCUUGAAAACAGGGAUAUCCUUUAAGAUUUUAAACAGGUGUAGAAGUCGAUUAGUCUUUAAACCUACAAUCUAUACCGCCCCUAAGAAAAAUGUUUUCAUCAAAUUACCAUAUAAUGGAGAAAUAAACAGUAGGAUUUUGAGACAAAGGUUGAAUUUGGUCAUCCGCAGGACCUAUUAUGCAGCCCGCCUUGUAAUUAUCGCUUCACUGCAA